AUGCUCGCCACCAACACGCUCUUGGCGUCGAUGCAGCGCCGCCCGGCGCCGGUGACGUUUGCAAAUGCGUCCGACGCGGUGCUGCGUGUGCCGCCACGGACCAGCGGCGUCUUUGCCUCGAACGUCGCGCGCUGCUCGCUGACCAUGGACGAGAAAGUGACGCAAGUCACGGUGACCGCAUCGAAGGAGAUUGACAUUGCCUUUGUGUCGGUCAUCUCGAGCCUCGAGCUCGUCCGCUGCCGCGGCGUCCGCGUUGCGUUUACGGGCACCUGCCGCACCAUCGUGGUCGAUGCGUGCGACAAUGUGGAGCUCACCGUGCCGACGCAGUCGCCGACCGUGCUGCACCCGGAAGAGUUUGACGUGCCGCGGCGGCACGCCAAGAAUUACAAGGUCUUCUACCGCCUCUGGUUCAGCCUCGUCGCCACGACGCUGCACUACAUCUGGACCAACCGCAACAAGAUCAAGUUCGAAGCCAAGACGCCCUUUGUCAUGCCGGUCGCCGGCAACGAGACCCGCGAGUUGUGGCUCUCGUGUGUCCGCGCAUGGCCGCGCAACGACCCCAAGGCACCUCGCGACCGCAUCGACGCCGCCCUUCAAGAUAUCGGCCUCGACCCGCUCUCCCACGGACGCCAACGGCGGCCUGCACUCCGACGCCCGUGA